UUGACAGCUCUUGCCGCUCUCCUCUCGUUUAGUAGUGGAAACGAUAGCUCCCGUUGUGUGAGAGGCGCAAUCACAACUCACAUCGCUACCUGAUUUACUGGGAUUUAAUUUUGUACUUUUAAAGAAGUUGCCAAGGAGCGCGCUCAGAUUGGAGUCUAUAACAAUCCACAGGGGUAUGAAAGUGGAGCGGACGCUUCAAACAAAGUAAAAGAGGAGGUAGACCUGUCCAUUUGAUGGCUGCUGGGGAUGGAGCCCAGCUGCCUGCCACAGUAGCGGCCAGCCGGAGCGUGGAGAAGGCGCUCGAGGAGGCUGCCGCGAGCGGGGCUCUCAACUUAUCCAACCGAAAACUGAAGGAGUUUCCCCGGAGCGCCAGGAACUACGACCUGUCCGACAUUACACAUGCAGAUCUGUCUAAGAACCGCCUAUGUGAGCUGCCGGAGGAGCUGUGUCAGUUCAUCUCUCUGGAGACUCUGAGCCUUUACCACAAUGGGAUGCGUUCACUGUCCUCCAACCUGGGCAACCUCCAGGCCCUCACCUACCUCAACCUCAGUCGCAAUCUUCUGUCCAGUUUACCCCCGUCGGUGUUUCAGCUUCCUCUCCUGCGAGUGCUCAUAGUCAGCAACAACAAGCUGUGUUCACUGCCUGCCUCCAUAUACUCCCUCACACACCUCCGACAGCUGGAUGUCAGCUGUAAUGAGCUGCAGGGUUUGCCAGCAGAGCUCGGCCAACUGGAGUGUCUGAGGGACUUAAACCUGAGGAGGAACCAGCUCACCACUUUGCCUGAAGAAAUAUCCGAGCUUCCCCUGGUCCGGCUCGAUGUCUCCUGCAACCGCAUUUCCCAUGUGCCCCUGUGCUACCGCCACCUCAGGCAUCUCCAGAGCAUCGCGCUGGACAACAACCCGCUGCAAAUGCCGCCUGCGCAGAUCUGCUCCAAGGGCAAAUACCACAUCUUUAAGUACCUCAACAUGGAGGCCUGCAAAAGGAGCCAGGAGGAGCUGGAGAGACAUCUGAGGCCCACUGGAUUCAACAGCUGUCUGUCAGAACAGGAGCUGUUCACGGGUCAGUUUGGAGGGCUGGAUUCUGGUUUCAACAGUGUGGACAGCGGCAGCAAACGGUGGUCUGGAAAUGAGUCAGCAGAUGACUUCUCUGAGCGUUCCCUUCGAAUGGCUGAGGUCAGCAGAGACCAGAGGAACCUGGAGGAGGAGGAAGAGGAAGAGGAGGAUAGAUCUAUGGAAGCUAACAAAGUGAAUGGGGAGGCUGAGCAUGUGGACUUCAUUGACAGCAGCGUAACAGAGGAAGAGGAGGAGGAGAUCAGGACCGAUCCACCCACACCCCCUCUCACAGCAGCCCAGGACUCAACAGUAUGCAGGACCAGCCUCCAUGUAGAGGUGGGCCCCCCAUCAUCGGCCUCCUCCUCUCCCCUGUCGCCCUCCAGCCCCACCCUGGAGGAGAGGAGGAGGCCAGGCACCCUGUUCAUCUGGCAGGAGAGAGAGCGUCUGCAGCAGCAGAGAGAAAAGGCCAGUUUGCUGAAGUCAUCCACCAAAACAGGAAGUCAUGUGGCCACUGCACCACAGACAGGAAGUAGCUCAGCUGGUGGUUCUCCAGAGAACAUCAACUCUCAUUCAGGCCUUCGGCAGCGAUGCGCAAGUGCUGAUCAGAUGAGCACAGUGCCUCAUUCAACACUGCUACAACGCUCCAGCAGCAGAACAGAUGUCCCAUCUUCCCCGAAGACUUCCCCUCCACCCGGUCAGGCCCAGAAACCCAACAGUUUCCUGUUCCGCACCUCAUCCCGCAGCAAUGUCAAACCUACAGGGAUAACCUUUACUCUUGGGGAUUCUGGCAGAAGUGAGUCUCGCACAAUGCUGCGUUCUCCUAAAGAGGAGAGACCAGACAUCAUACAACUACGCAAGACUCUCGAGUCUCGGCUGAAGAUCACUCUACCAGAGGAUCUGGGCGAGGCCUUAUCAAACGGCACAAUCCUCUGCCAGCUGGUCAAUCAGAUUCGACAGCGCUCCGUGUCAAUCAUCCACAUUCCUUCCCCAGCAGUGCCAAAACUGAGUUCAGCUAAGUGUCGACUCAACGUAGAAAACUUCAUUGCUGCUUGUCGCAAGCUGGGAGUCCCUGAGACGGACAUGUGUGUGAGCUCUGAUGUGCUUCUGUGUAAGCUGCCCGCUGUGCUGCGCUGUGUGACGGCCGUGCUGGCCACUGAGGAGGGGGAGACGGCGGAGGACCAGUCCCCUCGCCACUCCUCACCUUCGUCGUCAUCGUCGUCAGCCUCCUCCUCCUCUCCCUCGCUGCUGUCCACAGACUUCCUGCUCUUCUACUGUGUGGCCAUGGCCCUUCUCUACGUCCUCUACUGCUACCUGCUCACCUAGAGGAGCAGCGCACAGUACUUUCAUAUUCAAAUGUCCGUUGAACUGCUCUACACACUUACUGCACACAUACACACAGUCAUAGCUGCAGAGUGUGAGGCCAACAUGCACAGCUGCUCACACAGUUGUCAUCUCAGACAACACUCUGCAGUGUAUGUGUUUUUCAGCACUCACACCCUCCAUGGCUGUAGAGCAGAUGUUAUAAGAGUGUGCGUGAGCCACCACAGCUGCACUAGCUGGACGAUAGAGAGCAUACACAGCAUGCAGCCGAGCACCUUUAACAAACACACAGAAUACACUACAGCACACUGAAGCUACAGCUCUUCGUUUAGACCUUUAGAGGAAUAGGAAGCACUACAAUGAUACAAACACUACAUGAGAGCAGUGACAUGCCUUAGCCUAGUUUAGCCUUCACUUUAACGCACAGCAUGUUGGGAGGAGAUGGGAAUUCUGUGUUUUAACUGUCUGAGGUAGAGCUGCUCCACGGGCAGAAACAAUCUCACUGGUUGAGACAUGAAUGGGCGGAGCAAAGGAACCACACCCUCAGCUGAAUCCCAAUGAUGUACUUUACCUUGCGUUGCCUUUUUAUCAAUGCACUAGUAGACAAGCAGCUGCGACGUGAGCUUCAGUGUUCCUGUACUUGCUUGGGGACUGCAGGCCAGUCACUCCUUGCCAACACCUCAGUAUCUUCCCUGAGAAUAUUAAUGUGGCAUAUAUACCUGUUCAUAGAGAUUACUGUGUUGUUAACAUUGAGACCACAACAGAAAAACCACAGUGGAAACAAGCUCCAUGUGUGUCUCUCCAAACUCUGCACUAAUCGUAUGCUCAGCUGUAUCUUGCAGAUGCAUGGUGUUAGUUUCUCAGCACAACGACCGCAGGAUAUGCGGGGUCGCCUUUAUGUGCGUAUGAAAGCAUAGUUUUCCAGCUCCAUCAGUUGAUCUUUAUUGGCCACUUGGGGGCAGUGCAACAAGCUGUAACAUAACAGCGGACAUAUUAUCAACACAUGAAGUGAUACGAGCAAUGUUAUGCAUUUGGAGUUGACAGUAUGUCAGAACUCUGUGUUAUGUAUAUAGCACAGCAUGAAUGACAGUACAUUGGGAAAUGAUAAAUACUUGUACAUAAAAUCCCAACAAACAGACUAAGACUGCAGUUUUUAAGUGUAAUAUAGUAAAACUAGGGUUUAAUUACAACUUGAGUUUUUGGACAUGAGUUUUAUUUUUUAUAAUAACAUUGUACUCACCAGGUAUAUAGCUGAGGUUGGAAAACAUGGCGGCAUGAUGAAAGGAAGUCUCUACAGGGCACUAGACGAUAAACAAAAAUUCAAUCAGGUUAGUCAGACGUAUCUGGAAGAAAAAAGGGGCCGAACAGCUUAAUGAUUCUCCAAACUGUCUGUAAACAUCCUUGACAGUUUACAGACAGACUUCAGUAACAUGAGUGCACAGUGUGUGCUUUUUAGUGUACAAUACAGAAUUUGGAAACAGUGAUAAAUCUCAGAAGGGCAGCAGACCAAUUUAGUAGCUUACCUUAAUGCUGAAGUUGCUAAUUCUGACUAGAUGUCCUAGAGGACUUUAUCUGACUGGAUUGACACCAAAAACACACCAAGCUCUGAGGUGGGGCCGUUUGAUUCUGCAGUGAAGUGCACCCAAACAAAAAGUUGGAGAUAGUUUAACUUUUGGCAGCAAAUUGCAGUCAAGUAUACCCGCACCACAGAGUCGUGUGACUCCUGUUACAUAUUGACCUAUGUUAUAAAUAAUCCCUUCCUGCCCAAAACAGAGAAACGCCAUUACAGUUGCAACCUGCCACCUGUGGUUCUUUAGCUCUGCUCGCUACUCACCUGAGAUGGUUUGUGCAUUGAGAGCAGCUCUACCUCUGAGAGCUGUGUGUCUGUAGGCAGCACACUGGUCCUGAGAGAGAGAAGCUGAUGACUGAACUGUGAAUGUGAUUUUUAGCCUUGAGACAGAUGCAAGUUAGUUCAAAGUGGAACCUGGAUGUUACAGAACACGAUGAUGUGACAGUGAGACAGAUGAUACAGUGCCUCUUACUGAACACUGACUGAGACCUCUCGCAAAGACUGCUCUUAUUUUGAUGUCUGCUGUGCUAACUGUGAGCAGCAGGGGGCGAUGUUGCUGCAUCAGUCCCCCUGCAGACGGUACAAAGCCCUUGAGGAGGUUGUGUGUGUGUAAAGUCUUUUUUGUCGUUGUCACUGGUCUGUUUGACCAGCUGACUUCAUGUUUGUAUAAAUGUAAACAGGCUAUUAAAUUAUUGCUUUUUUAUUUAUUUUGGAUUCUGUUCUGUUUUUGGUUCUUUUUGUGUCUGAGGUGAAAUAGCAGAGGCGUCACUAAUUUGGUUCAGCCUAUAAGGCUAUAGAUUUAAAGCCUCAUAAAGCUUUGUGAAAUCCAUGUGUGUGCUUUAAAUCCCAUACACAGAUAAAUUAGAUGUAAUCAAUAUUCAAUUAUUCAGGGUUAAAAUAACAUUGAUUGUUUUAAAGUUUUCCCCUUCAUUUGAUUGGAAAAUAAUUGAUUCCCUAGAGGCUACACAUUUAACAGAGCAUCAGAGGGUCUCUGCUCUUUCUACCACACGCUGUGUCUGGCUUAUUACUCCUAGAAGGUCAAUGUCUGCAACUAAACACAGAUUGGAAUCUGAUUAGAAUUCUGAUUGGACUGAUGUGGGCUUUGAAAGCUAAUAUCAGUCGUGAGAUUUUUGGGAUUCAAACUGCUUAAAGCCAAAAAAUUCUAAUCAUUCAUUGUCUUUCUCUUACCAAGGCCUCAAACUACAUCCAAACCAUAAUGAUUCGCUAAACUUUCCACUGAAACUCAAAUUAAUCAACUGAAAGUAGCCGACCAGCAUCACUUAUUCAUAGGGAAGACUUCAGAUACAAAAUAUUAAAGGACGAAAUAACUGAGGUUUUAUUUCUUUAAGUUUAGAAAGAGAGGGACAUAAUAAUAAAUUCAGAGGUAAACAGUACUGAUAUUUUCCCCAUAUGAGCGAACUGUAUGUUGGUCUCUUAAAGACUGUUUCUUUUAUAAUAUGGGCCCCAGAGAGUUCAAUAUUAAAUUAAUGAGUAAGUAUGAAAUAACUAAUCACACAAACAGAGUGUGUAAGGUAUUCUAAUGAAUCCAUCAAUUAUUAAUUAAUUAGAAAAACUAAACAAUUGUUUUGAAAUGUCAUUUCUUCAUUUUAAUUUUCAUAAUAGUUUUAUUGGUUUAUUUUAACAUUAUAGAAACUUCUAUUUCACAAUGUAGCAGUUGUUCAGCUGCCUUGUUUCAGAGGUACGGGGAAAUAAAAGUAUCACUGGAAAAUUUGACAAGGAAUAAAACUGACUUUGGUAAAGAACCCCUAAAGUCCCCCCAAAAAAUUAUUUUCUAUGCUCAACUUGUUAUUUUUGCGCAAGAAAAUAACUUGUUCCUAGGGAUACUAACCUGAUUACAAAUAUAAUAAAUUGGUCCCACAAGAUGAUAACUUGUUCGCAGAUGUAAUUACCUCAUUGAACAACAUAAUAACUUGUUCCCAUGGAUAAUUACAUGUUCCUACAAAACAAUAACUCGUUCCCACAAGAUAAUAAAUUGUUCCCACAAGAUGAUAUGUUUUUCAACAAGAUAAUAACUUAUUGCCACAGAUAAUUACUUGUUCCCACAGUUGAUAUCUUGUUCCCACAAAUAAUUACUGGUUCCCAUAAGAUAAUAACUUGUUUCCACAGAAAGAAAUAUGUUCUGACAAGAUAAUAACUUGUUCCCACAGAUAAUUAUUUGUUCCCAAAAGACAAUAAUUUGUUCCCAUGGAUAAUAAUAUGUUCCCACAAGAUAAUAACUUUUUCCCACAAAAUAAUUACGUGUUCCCACAAAAUGGUAACUCAUUCCCACAGAUGAUAACAUGUCCCCACAAGAUAUAAACUAGUUCCCACAAAAUAAUAAAAUGUUCCCACAAGAUUAUAAGUUGUUUCCCACAAAAUGAUAACUUGUUCCCACAAGAUAUUAUCUAGUUCCCACAAGAUUAUAAGUUGUUCCCACAAAAUAAUAACUUGUUUCCACAGAAAGAAAUAUGUUCUGACAAGAUAAUAACUUGUUCCCACAGAUAAUUAUUUGUUCCCAAAAGACAAUAAUUUGUUCCCAUGGAUAAUAAUAUGUUCCCACAAGAUAAUAACUUGCUCCGACCAGAUAACAACUGUACUUUUGAAAUAAGUUUCUACAAUAAAAAUAAACUCAUGUAAACCAGUUCAUUUAAAAAUUCUGAAAAAGCAUUUCAUGACAGUAAGUUUGGUUUCAAUAUAUUCUAAAAUAUCUUAAUGAAUAUUAAUUUCAUACUGUCUUUUUAUGUAUUAAACACUUUGGGGUCCCAAAUAAAAAAAGCCAUUCUGUUGAAAAGCAAUAUAGUUUUAUAUCUUGAUUUAUAUUGAUUGAUUUAUUUCUUGAUUUAGGUGCACAGCACACUGGUUAUUUUAGUCCACUGUCCAGUCCAUGUUCAUGUCUGCUGUUUGUCAAGAGGUCAGAAUGUCCACUGUAAAAACCUCCCGUCCUGUGUCCCAAGUUUUUUAUUCGCCUGCUGUUAAGAUGAAAUGUUGUACUGUUUCAAUUCCAAAUGUAUAUUUUAUAAAUGAAACUGGAUAAGCAGCAAACAGUCAUUCAUUCACUGGCUUAGACCGAGCUAUAUUCUUUCAUAUGUUAGCCGAACAGAAAUACAGUUGUACUUUAUAUUUAUAUGAUACCCUUGUAUUAUUGAGAAUCAUUUUUGAGUUUAUAUAAAUCUAUAUGUAAAGUUUUUCUUUCUCCCGCUGUAAAGAAAUGAUUAAAAACCAACUUUGUCCAUG